AUGGAGGACCAGGCGCGGGCGCCGCUGCUGCAGCCGCUCGGCGAGGCGGGCGGCGCGGCCACUACCACCAAGGGGCACGCGAGGCGGGCGGCGCUGGAGUGGUGGGUGGAGUCGAAGAAGCUCUGGCACAUCGUCGGCCCGGCCAUCUUCCAGCGGAUCGCGCUGUACGGGAUCAACGUCGUCACGCAGGCCUUCAUCGGCCACCUCGGCGACCUCGAGCUCGCCGCCUUCUCCAUCGCCGCCACCGUCGUCGCCGGCUUCAACUUCGGCUUUCUGCUGGGCAUGGCGAGCGCGCUGGAGACGCUGUGCGGGCAGGCGUUCGGCGCGAAGAAGCACCAAAUGCUGGGCGUGUACCUGCAGCGGUCCUGGAUCGUGCUGCUCAUCUUCGCGGUGGCGCUGACGCCGACGUACAUCUUCAUGGAGGACCUGCUGCUGCUGAUCGGACAGACCCCGGAGCUGUCCCGCCUGGCGGGGCAGAUGAGCGUGUGGCUGCUCCCGCAGCACUUCGCCAUGGCGAUGCUGCUCCCGCUCACGCGCUUCCUGCAGAGCCAGCUCAAGAACUGGGUCACCGCCAUCACGGCCGCCGUCGCGCUGGCAAUCCACGUCGUCGUCACCUACGUGGUCGUGAAGCGCCUCGAGUUCGGGAUCGUCGGGGCCGUCGCCUCCGCGGACAUGGCGUGGUGGCUCGUCGUGCUGGGCCAGUACGUUUACGUCGUCGGAGGCGGGUGCCCGCUGUCGUGGAAAGGCUUCACCAUGGAGGCGUUCGCCGACUUCUGGGAGUUCAUCAAGCUCUCCUCGGCGUCCGGAGUCAUGCUCUGCUUGGAGAACUGGUACUACCGAGUGUUGGUGCUGCUGACAGGGUACCUGAAGAACGCUGAAAUCGCUGUGGAUGCACUCUCCAUAUGUCAGACGAUCAACGGAUGGGAGAUGAUGAUCCCGUUCGGCUUCUUAGCGGCAACCGGGGUGCGAGUAGCAAAUGAGCUGGGCGCAGGGAGCGGCAAAGGCGCCCGCUUCGCCAUCGUGGUGUCCAUCACGACGUCCGUGGUGAUCGGCCUCGUCUUCUGGUGCCUCAUCCUCUACUUCGACGACAAGAUCGCGCUGCUCUUCACGUCCAGCGCGGUCGUGCUGGACGCCGUGCACCACCUGUCCGUGCUGCUCGCCUUCACCAUCCUCCUCAACAGCGUGCAGCCCGUCCUCUCAGGGGUGGCCAUUGGUUCAGGAUGGCAAGCAUUGGUCGCCUACGUGAACAUCGGCACCUACUACCUCAUCGGAGUUCCCCUGGGUAUCCUACUCGGUUGGCCGCUGCAGUUUGGAGUAGGGGGAAUCUGGUCCGGCAUGAUCGGAGGGACUGCCGUUCAAACGAUCAUACUCGCCUACCUCACUGUCAAAUGCGACUGGGAUGAAGAGGUGGAGCACUGUACUCUCAUUUUCUUUGGCGAGGUUAGCCAGUACGAGAAUGAAGAAAUGGGCCGACGACUCGAAAUAAACCUACUCCAACAAUACUUCUGCACUUUGUUGUUAGCAGGCACAGGGUACCCUGAGGCUAAGAUGACUUCUGAUGCAGCCGUGAAUGUUCCGGCCUUCAACUACAUUUGGCGGCUGAAGACCAGGUUUCUGAAGAUUAGUGUACGGAACCUCCCAUAG